AAAGCUUCCACAGAAACAAUUUCAGACUUGCACGGUGCACUGGGAAGGAAGAUGCCCAACUGCACCACUGUAACCGAGUUCCUCCUCCUGGGCUUCUCUGACACUCGGCAGCUGCAGAUCUUACACUUCGUCAUCUUUCUCGCAGCGUACCUGGCAGCUCUGGUGGGGAACCUCCUUGUUAUCACUGCUGUAACUACGGACCACCACCUCCACAGCCCCAUGUACUACUUUUUGGCACAUUUCUCCAUUCUUGACCUUGGAUCCAUCUCUGUCAUUGGCCCUAAGUCCAUGGCCAAUUCUCUCUUAAACAACAGGAUAAUUUCCUAUGCUGGAUGUGUUUCCCAGGUCUUUUUCUUCUUCCUUUUUUGUACAGCUGGUUUUGCACUCCUAACUAUCAUGGCAUAUGACCGGUACGUUGCCAUCUGUAAGGCACUGCAUUAUGGGAUAAUAAUGAACAGGAGAGCUUGCAUUCACAUGGCUGCCAGUGCUUGGGUUGUUGGUGCCAUCAACUCUGCACUGCACACUGGGAGCACCUUUAGUCUACCCUUCUGCCACUCAAAUACCAUCAACCAGUUCUUCUGUGAAGUACCCCAGCUGCUCAAGCUCUCCUGCUCUGACACAUACCGCAGAGAGCUGAGAGCAAUUGUCUUCAGUAUGUGUUCAGGUUUGGGCUGUUUUGUUUUCAUCACAGUGUCGUAUGUUCAGAUCUUCACUGCAGUGUGGAGAAUCCCCUCUGAGCAGGGCCGGCAGAAAGCCUUCUCCACCUGCAUUCCUCACCUUAUCGUUGUCUCCCUAUUUCUUUCCACUAGUAUCGUUACCUAUUUGAAGCCUGUCUCCGACUCCCCGUCCCCUCUGGACCUCCUGGCAGCUGUUCUGUACUCUGUGGUGCCUCCAUUGAUGAAUCCGGUCAUCUACAGCAUGAGGAACAGGGAGAUCCAAGCUGCCCUCAAGCAACUUCUCCACAGGCUGAUCUGCUCCAAAACCAAUCUGCCCAUCUUUGUUUCAUGA